CGCGGCUCGUGGGCGGGGCGUCGGCGGCGUCGGCGGAGGUCGGGCGGCUGAGGUGGCUGAGGUGGCCGCUGAGGCUGAGGCGGCGGGCGCGGCCGGGAUGGCGAAGAGCCACGGAGAGAACGGGCCGCGCGCGCCUGCAGUCGGGGGGAGCCUGUCGGGGACCCGGGAGAGCUUGGCCCCGGGCCCCGACGCCGCAGCCGCCGACGAACUCAGCUCUUUGGGCUCCGAUUCAGAGGCCAACGGCUUUGCCGAGCGCCGCAUCGACAAGUUCGGCUUCAUCGUGGGCUCGCAGGGCGCCGAGGGCGCGCCCUGCCCUCUGCUCCACAGGCUAGAGGAAGUCCCCCUGGAGGUGCUGAGGCAGAGGGAGUCCAAAUGGCUGGACAUGCUCAACAACUGGGACAAGUGGAUGGCCAAGAAGCACAAAAAGAUCCGUCUGCGGUGCCAGAAGGGCAUCCCACCUUCUUUGCGGGGCCGUGCUUGGCAAUACCUGUCAGGAGGCAAGGUGAAGCUGCAGCAGAACCCUGGAAAGUUUGACGAGCUGGACAUGUCCCACGGGGACCCCAAGUGGCUGGAUGUGAUUGAGCGUGACCUGCACCGGCAGUUCCCUUUCCAUGAGAUGUUUGUGUCCCGGGGGGGCCACGGCCAGCAGGACCUAUUCCGUGUGCUGAAGGCCUACACACUGUACCGACCUGAGGAGGGCUACUGCCAGGCCCAGGCGCCCAUCGCCGCCGUCCUGCUCAUGCACAUGCCUGCUGAGCAAGCCUUCUGGUGCCUGGUGCAGAUCUGUGAGAAGUACCUGCCCGGCUACUACAGUGAGAAACUGGAGGCCAUCCAGCUGGAUGGGGAGAUCCUCUUCUCGCUGCUACAGAAGGUGUCUCCCGUGGCCCACAAGCACCUCAGCCAGCAGAAGAUCGACCCGCUGCUCUACAUGACAGAGUGGUUCAUGUGUGCCUUCUCGCGCACCUUGCCCUGGAGCUCCGUGCUGCGUGUCUGGGACAUGUUUUUCUGCGAAGGAGUCAAGAUCAUCUUCCGGGUGGGGUUGGUGCUGCUGAAGCACGCACUGGGCUCCCCCGAGAAGCUCAAAGCCUGCCAAGGCCAGUACGAGACCAUUGAGCGGUUGCGGAACCUCAGCCCCAAGAUCAUGCAGGAGGCCUUCCUGGUCCAGGAGGUGGUAGAGUUGCCAGUGACAGAGCGUCAGAUAGAGCGUGAGCACCUCAUCCAGCUGCGGCGCUGGCAGGAUACCCGGGGUGAGUUGCAGUGCCACUCUCCACCCAGGCUGCACGGUGCCAAGGCCAUCCUGGAGGCAGAGCCAGGCCCGUGGCCCACCCUGCAACCUUCACCGUCCAUCCGCCUGCCCCCAGAUGCCCCCCUCCCUGGUUCCAAAGGCAAGUACAAGCCGCCCAAGCAGGUCCAGAAGGAGCAACAGAAGCAGGCGAAGGCGAGUGGGCAGCGGGACAAGCCCCCGACCCCAAGUCAAGCCAAGGUGGCAGCUGCUGCGGGAGACGCAUGUCCCCCACGGGAUGUGCCCCCAAAGGACCCGGUCUACCAGGACCCCCAAGACUCAGCUCCCCAGGACUCAGCCUACCACUGCUCCCAGGAGAGCCUGACGUCCCAGGAGAGUGAGGACACCUACUUGUAACCCUGGCAGCUCAGGCCCCUGGGCUGGGGUCUCCACACACCUACACGGUUCACGGACUGACACUCCAGGGCCUGCCCACUCUCUGAGGGCCUGGCUGCCUGGCCCCUGGGCGGCAGAGAGUCUAGCUGGCCCAGCACAGAUUCUGCCUGAGCCUCCUUAUUUAUUUUCUCCAGAGUGGAGCUUGGGCCGGCCUAGCUGGGGCAGGCAGAAGUGAGGGCCGAUGGGUGGGGCCUCACUCAGCACCCGCCUCCUGAGGGGAUGCUCCCCAGGGCUAGGGCACUGACGUGAGGGGAAAGGGAGGGGAAAAGGGUGGGGUGCUCUUUGUGUAAAAUAGAAACAUGGUUUUGUACAGAAAUAAACAAGGCUUGUAUAGAGA